CCAACCGUGUUACAUGUACGAACUGCAGGAUAAGCUGGCCAAGCUCCGGAUCGACCCCCUAUUGAACAUCGGCCCGAAGAAUCGAGGUUAUCAUAACAACGUUUUCUUAAUGACAUACUCGGAGGAGAAUGAGAACGACAAUAAUUAUAAUGAGUAUCGGUUAUCGCCACCUUUCCCGUUCCGAUACGAAAGCCCGAUAUGCUCCAGUUCUCUAAGUAUCACAGACGUCACGUACGGCUCUAGCAAUAACAAUGAGAUCAUUAGCAACUACGACGAACAGAAUUACGACGACGAGGAAGACGAAAGCCCGAAGAAGGGGUUGCUAAAGCAAAUGUUUUGCCUUCCAUUAAAUUAAGCUAAAUAAGGGCUUGUUUAAUAUUACGGAAAUACGAUUGCCUCUAAUCCGAUAGUUAAAUAUAAAUUUUGUAGAUCGAGCAACAGAUUUGAGAGAGAGAGACCUUGUAUAACGAAACAAGUAUCAACUUUUGACGAGAAUUCCUUGCAUCAAGUAUCUGGAGAGGAGGAAACGAAUGUAUUUCAUUUUAUGCGCCACACGUCACGAUACGAUCGUGUUGAACUCUUCUUUCACAUGGUGCUGCAAUUCUAACGUAUUUAAUGGGUAUUAUUUUCAGCUAUUUUCUAGAGACGAAAUGAAUUAAAAGUAACAAAAAAAUAAAAACAGAAAAUGUACCUGAGUGCUUCGAUUAAUCGCGUAGAUGCUAUGCCAUUCAGUUGUGCAGUCGUUCCAUUUAAUAAUUACGAGCAUUGUACGAUCUACUAUACCGCUUGCAUGAACCUAAUUCGUUAAAAGAAAAGAAUAGCAACAGAAUAUUUCUAACGAACUAAUAUCUAUUUAAGCAAGAAUACUGUAUAUGAUAGAUUAAUAAUUAUGUUUGAGAAAGGAAAUAUAGCGAACAUAACUAUAACAUUUCUAAAGAAACUAACUCUGUUUUUCUAUGUUUUUCUUUUUUUAUAUACACAUACGUAUAAGAACUGUUUAAAGCUAUGAUAUAUUAGAGAAACACUUUUAUGAGGAAACUGUUGAAUGUAUAUUAAAGAGAGGAAAAAUAGGAAAGAAGUCUUAAUCACAUCACAGUAUAGUAUUAUACAGUUUUCAAAACGUUUAUGUUUGUGCUUCAAGAACGUACGAAUUAUACAGUAAAUGAUUUUGAUCAUGAUCAUUUGAUAUGCCUGUCGAAUGAUAUAAUCUGAUUUUUGGUAAGAAUAAAAUUGCACAAAAUGGCACAUACAUUUCUAUAUUUUAAAUGGCAUCGUUUCAUUAAUGAUUCUAUUUAACAGUGUAUUGCCAUGACUUCCAAACUUUUAAUACCAAUCUUAGGCAUUUAAUCAUUUUUAUAGAAACAUAAAUUAAAUGUCUUCCACUUACGCGUCUUUUUGUAUCUCAGAAAACUUGUGUCGCCCCGUGCUUAAUUAGAUUAAUAAAUUUUUAUACGUGCUAUUCUUUUUACCAAGAAUAGACUUCAAUUAUUCUUCGAUCAAUGAGAGCUGAGAAUGCCGUGAUUUUGUGCAAUUUUAUCUUAUUUUUGCCGUUUCAUUAAAGUCAUUUACUGCUGACAAUUGUUCGUUCCUGUGAUUACUAUAAAUAUAAAAAGAAAACGUUAAAAGUAAAAAGAACAGAGAAUUAGAUUUACCUGAAAGGUAGUUAGCGUAAGGAUACACACGAAAAUGAAAUUGCCAAAGCGCGUUAUACGAAAGAAGUUUUAUACGAAAUUAAUCAAUUUUCCUUGAGCGUUGUCACAUGCCUAAUAUGUAUACUGAGUUAUGCAGAGUGAGACAUUUUUUCUUUUACGAAAACAACCGUUUCUUUUAAAGAUUUCAUAUUAAUGCACUGAUUUAUUUAAAUCAAUCGAAUUAAACACAAUUCUACGUUCAUCAGCGAGUAAUCGUUCUCAUUUCUGAGACUAUUGCGUUUCAUUUCUUCCUCUGUUAUGAACAAUCGUAUAAAACAUGGCUAGAACAAAAAAAAUGUUACGUAUUAUCGAGAAACAGAGAUAAUAUAUAUUUUCUUAAAAAAGAUGCAAUAACUAGGAGAACGGGCCUGUACGCAGUCUUCGAUACUGUAUUACACUUUUUUUGUAUUACUACGAUCACGAUUAGGUGCACUGAUCUUAAGUUUUUUUUUUUGUUAAUAAAACACGAAUUAUAUUUUGUACGACAUUCCUCUGUAUUUCUAUGUACACCAAAUUACUCGUUAUUUUUACUUAACUAUAAUGUUUACGUAUAAUUUCACGAAUUAAUUAAUAAAACAUUCCAAAAUAAUUUCGUCCCUUAAUAAAUAAGAAAUCAUUGACUUUUUUUCUUUUGUGUUUAUUAUAUUCAUAAACAAUUUCCUAUUGUUAACAAAUACUUUUACGUUAUCGCGUAACGUGAAGUAUUAUUUUAAUACAUAUAGUUAUCUAUUCAUAUAGAAGCCAUACAUAUCAAUAGUAAAUUUUAAGAUAAACAUUCCCGAACAAAUUAUAUGUCCUCGAGCAUAAAGUGUUGAUUAUUUUUGGAACAAAAUGUGGUUUCGACCAUUAUGUUUCGGUUUUAUUUUAAGUGCCUCGCCCUGUAUACUAAAUGUAUAUAUAUUUAUGCAUGUACAUAAUUUAAAGGUAACCAUUGUACUUUCAUUUACCACACCUAACAGACUGUAUAAUUUCAACAUUCCACAUUUGUAACUAAACCUUCUAAUUAUUUCACAUUAGUAUUCUUACUACUGUACAUUGAAUGUUUGAAAUGAAAAUCAUUGUGUUUCGUUGUAGCGUUCAUAUUAAGAGAAGCAAAAUAUACAUAUAAUCAUUGAAAUUAUUUUUUAAUCGCUGGUCAAUACCAACUAAAAUGAUUUUUCGUGUGUCAAAAAAUAUGUUCCACACGACAGUUCCACAAAUAAGAAUUCUAUUGAAUGAAAGCAGGCGAUAUGGGUUGCUGCUGUAAUUGAAGACUACGAUGAUAAAAGUAAAUAUAGGACGAUAUUGGAUUCUAUAUCAUUUGAAUAUUCUAUUGUUAGCGCUCAAAGUGAAAAGAGGAUGCUUGUUAUCAUUUAUAUGUAUACACAUAUAACAUAUAUAUAUUAUAUUAUACGAGAAGGAAUUUUACAAUUUA